AUGAUAUCACGAUCACCUAUACGAUACUCACGUAUAAUUUCUCACUUUAGACCAAUCUCCUCAAGAAAUUAUUCAACCAUCAUACCCGACACCUCAGUACAACCUUCAAAGCCAAAGCUAUCGCAAUUCAGUCAUGCUAUUUUCAAUACCCUCACAAUUUCCUUAACCACAUAUCUACUUUUGCAUACCUUGUGGACCAAUCUAGAGUUUAACGAAGUAGAGGCUGAUCUAGUGGCAAAAUCUAAUGAUUUGGAAUCUCAAAUACAAACUAUAGUUACAGAGUUGAAACAACAAGAAUUAAAUAAGAAGCAAAGUUGGCUUGGAAAGUUGAAAUUUUGGUAA